AUGAGGGCAACCCUGGGCUUCGAGCAGGAAGUCAUGAAAGAAGCCGCCGAAACGCUCAAGGAUGCAGAAAAUAGCGCUUCUGAACACCUGCGCAAGGCCCAGCGCCACGCGCCCCGAUCCUCCAUCUACCCCGCCGGUUCGGAAUUCGCAAGCUGCAUUGCGCAGGCGCAGCUGAUGGGCGCCAUCGUGGGCGUACUGAACGAGAGCUUGACAGAGAGCAUUAAGGGCUUCUACAACAUGCGGAAGGCGUUUGUGGCGUUGGACGCCAUCAUGGAGGCCGAGAAGGCGAAUCUGGGCAAGAGCAGUGUGCCGGGGAGCUCGCGGGUGUCGUUGGGAUCGCAGUCGGAGAAGUCGGCGGCGGUUGCCAAGGCGGUUGAGGCUGGAGUUGUGGCGCCGCUGGGAGCUGCUGCGUCUCGGACUGCUUCGGCGACGGCAAGCAGCAGCAAGUUGCAAGUGGAGGGGCAGAACAGCGGGGAGGGGAGCACGCCGCUCUCGGAGACUGAAGAGUUCUUCGACGCUGACGAGCAGCAUGAGGGGGUUCCCACGCCUCCGGUCUAUGCGGGUCAUCUUGAGCUUAAUGAAAAGAAGUUGGAUGCUCCUCCAUCGUACGAAGCUGCAACGGCAUCCUCCACGGCUGCCCCGGAAAAGGUACCAGAUGCCGAGCUCUCGGACGACGUCAAGUCCUUACGUCUCGCUACCGACCACCCGUUGACUGACCCCUCCCUCUUCGGUGAUGACUCAACCGACAUCUUCGUCCACUCGGGCACCAACAUGUGCUUCGGCGUCCUCAUGCUAGUCAUCUCCAUGAUCCCGCCCGCCUUCGCCAUGCUGCUCAAGAUCGUCGGCUUCAAGGGCGACCGCGACCGCGGGCUCGCCAUGCUCUGGCAAGCGACCAUGUUCGACAACAUCUACGGCGGGCUCGCGGGGCUGAUCAUUCUGUCGUACUACAACGGCAUGCUCGGCUUCUGCGACAUCGUCCCCGGCCCGGGCCAGCAAGGCGCGUAUCCGCGCGAGCGGUGCGCGGUCCUCCUGGCAGAGAUGCGGCGGCGGUACCCGUCGAGCCACUUGUGGCUGCUAGAGGAAGCCCGGAUGCUGGCGAGCGCGCGCCAGAUCGAAGAGGCGUUGGCGCUGAUGGACGGUGCCGGCAAGUCGCAGCUCAAGCAGGUCGAGGCGCUGCACUGGUUCGAGCGGUCGCUGGACUUGAUGUACGCGCACCGCCUACGCGAGUGCGCGUCCGCGUUCCAGAGGUGCGUCUCGCUGAACAACUGGAGCCACGGAUUGUACUACUACAUCGCUGCGUGCGCACACGUCGAGUUGUACCGCGAAGCGCUCGCCAAGGGCGAAAGGGCAAGUGCAGCGGAGAGCAAGAAGGAGGCAGAGCGCCUGCUGAAGCUCGUUCCCAAGCAUACAGGCAAGAAGCGCUUCAUGGCCCGCCAGCUCCCAUUCGAUACCUUUGUCAACCGCAAGCUUGCCAAGUGGGAGGCGCGCCAAGCCGAACUCGGCGCCUCUUCCGUCGUCGACGCCAUUGGCGUCGCGCCCGUUGAAGAGGUUAUUUACUUCUGGAACGGAUACAAGCGCAUGCGACCUAACCAUCUUGAGCUCUCGCUCGCAGCGCUGGACCGGACCGCAGAAGAAGGAGAAGAGCCGCUGGAUGAACGCUGUAUCCGUUCCCUGCUACGCGCCACGGCGCUGAGGAAUUUGGGCCGAGUGGUUGAGGCAAAGGAGAUGCUGUUAACGCAGGUACUGUGCGUUGAUGCCGUGCAGCUCAGGGGCGGGAAUAAAGAUAAUUGGACGUUGCCUGCGGCGUGCUAUGAGAUGGGCGCGUGUCUGUGGGAGGAGGUCAGGAGGGAGGAGCAGGAGAAAGGGGAGCAUGGGCUCGGAAAAGAGGGGGAGGAGAGAUUGAGGGAAUGUGGAAGCUGGAUUGAGAAGGUGGCGAAAUGGGGCGAGGCGUACGAUUUGGAUGCCCGAAUUGGAAUGAAGGUCACGACGGCGAAGGAUACGCUGAAGCGGAGGGGUGUUGAUACGGUCUCUUAA